CGCCACUACGUCGUGAGAAGUGCAAGGCGGAAAGAGUGCACAGCAGAGGACAUCAUCCCGCGGUGCCGUCCCUUGGAUCUUGAUUUCACUUGGCUGUUCGGACUCAUUCGUUCGUUUGUGUCUGGUUGGUGGCAUCUCCCUGAAGUUCAUCAGCCAUGUCGCACACGGAGUUGGAGGUCACGCUGGACCCCAGCCUCGGUCUCGGCGUCGACUUGGCCGGUGGCGUGGACUCUCCUUACGAGGAAGACAACAACGGCAUCUAUGUGGUGCGCGUGGAAGCGAACGGCGCUGCGGAGAAGGCCGGCGUGAAGGCUGGUGACCGCAUCGUGUGCGUUGGUUCCACGGACACUGAGAACGUCAAGCACGAGGUCGCUGUCGAAGCCCUGCGUGAAGAACUUCAGAAGGAGAAGCCCACUCUGACGCUGCUGCGCAAGUCCGGCAGCCCCACGGAGCCGCGCCGGGAGACGCUCAGCCUGAACGACACCACAACGGGCGAGACCUCCACCGAUGAGCAGGUGGUCACCACGAAGGCCGACGGCGCUGCUGCCGCUACAGACUUCAGCGACAGCGCCAUGACCCCGAUCAACACCAAGGGCCCUGGUGGCUUUGGCUGCCGCCUGCCGCAGCUGGUCGAGCUCAUUGCCGAGCGUGGCACCAAUGGCAUGGAGCGCCUGCACGUGCACUUUGGUGGCAUCGAAGGCCUGGCCAAGAAGCUCCUCACGGAUCUUGCCGCCGGUAUCACCGCCACGGAGGAUGACAUUGAGCGCCGCACAAGUGUGUUUGGGACCAACACGACACCGGAAGUGCGGCCCAAGACGCUGCUUGAGCUGAUGUGGGAGGCGUUCCAGGACCCGAUUCUCAUCAUCCUCAUGGUUGCCGCCGUGCUCUCCGUCGUGCUGAACAUCACCGUGGAGAAGGAUUACGACACGGGCUGGAUUGAGGGCGUAGCUAUUGUCAUCUCGUGCUUCAUUGUCGUCAUGGUCACCGCCGUCAACGAUCUGCAGAAGGAGAAGCAGUUCCGUGAGCUCAAGGCCAAGCAGGCCAGCCAGCACCUUGCCGAUGUCAUUCGCAACGGCGAGCCCACCCAGGUUCUCUACACCGACCUUGUUGUUGGUGACAUUGUCGAAGUCAAGGGCGGCCUCGUGCUCCCCGCCGACGGUGUUCUGAUCCAAGCGAACGAUGUGAUGACGGACGAGUCGGCGCUUACCGGCGAAUCUCAUGACAUUAAGAAAGACCUCGUCAAGAACCCAUGGCUCCUCUCUGGUACGAGUGUGAAGCAGGGCAGCGGCCGCAUGAUUGUGACGUGCGUGGGCCUCUUCUCUGAGGAAGGCAUCAUCCAGAAGCUGAUUACGGGCGUGGGCAUUGAGGAGACGGAGCGACUUGAAGCACUUGCCAAGGAAGGUCUCACCGCUGCCGAGCAGAUGGAGGCCGAGGACGCAGCCGCCAUCAUCCACCGCGUGGACGAGCGACAGCAGGAGAACUUUGACGACCUGGAGCCCGACGUGCAGGACAAGCUGGAGAAGAAGGAGAGCAAGAAGAAGAGCAACAAGGAGUCGAUUUUGCAGAAGAAGCUGGAGAAGCUUGCUGUGCAGAUUGGGUACUUUGCCACCUUCUUUGCUGUGCUGACCAUUGUGGAGCUGAUUCUCGCCUACACCAUUGACGAGUACGCCAUCAAGAAGAACGACUACGACAGCCACAUGUGGAACGAGUUUGUCGACUACUUUAUCACCGGCAUCACCGUGCUCGUCGUCGCCAUUCCCGAAGGCCUCCCGCUUGCCGUCACCAUCUCCCUCGCCUACUCUGUCAAGAAGAUGUUCCGCGACCACAACCUUGUGCGCGUGCUCGCUGCAUGCGAGACAAUGGGUAACGCCACCACCAUCUGCUCCGACAAGACUGGCACGCUCACCAAGAACCGCAUGACAGUCGUGCGCUCGUGGGUUGGCGGCAAGAAGUACGACGACGUGGAGGAGAUUAAGAAGGAGGUCACGGCGCCUGUUCUGGACGACCUGGCGCAGGGCAUUGCCAUCAACAGCGACUACCUCUCCACCUACACCAUCAACGAGGCGGACGGCCUGCCCGUGCAGCAGAACAACAAGACCGAGUGCGCGUGCCUGCAGUACGCAGACCAGAUUGUGUCCAAGACGCACAAGCAAUAUCGCAAGGAGACGCCGGCGGAGGACUUUGUCAAGGCGUACCCCUUCAACUCUGCCAAGAAGCGCAUGGAGACCAUCAUCCAGCUGCCCAACGGCACGUACCGCAUGUUUGUCAAGGGCGCCUCGGAGAUUAUUCUCAGCAUGUCCACCCACUACGCAGACGCAAACGGCGAGCGCCAGCCCAUCACCGACGACUUGCGCGAGGACAUUGGCGACAACGUGAUUGUGGAGUUUGCCUCGCAGGCGCUGCGUGUCAUCUGCCUUGCCUACCGCGACUUUGACACGGCGCAGGACUGGGACAACGAGGAGGCGCUGCUUGAGGACCUGACUGUCGCCUGCUUUGUCGGCAUCCAGGACCCCGUGCGCGACGAGGUGCCUGGCGCUGUCGAGACGUGCCGUGACGCUGGUGUGGUUGUGCGCAUGGUGACUGGCGACAACUUGAUCACUGCUCGCGCCAUUGCCGUCAACUGCAACAUCAUCACCAAGGACGAAGCCAACGAGGACGGCCGCGUCAUGGAGGGUCCCGUGUUCCGCCAGCGUGUGACGCGCGCCGAUGGCUCGAUUGACUUUGAGGAAAUGGACAAGAUCUGGCCCCAGCUCCGCGUGCUUGCGCGUUGCUCUCCCUCGGACAAGUACAACCUUGUCAAGGGCCUCAUUCGUGCAGGCGAGGUUGUGGCCGUGACUGGUGACGGUACGAACGACGGCCCUGCGCUGUCGGAGGCCGAUGUUGGCUUUGCCAUGGGCAUUGCCGGUACAGACGUUGCCAAGAAUGCUUCGGACAUCAUCAUCACGGACGACAACUUCAGCUCCAUUGUCAAGGCCAUCUCGUGGGGCCGCAACGUGUACGACUCCAUCUCCAAGUUCCUUGUCUUCCAGCUCACCGUCAACGUUGUUGCCGUGCUUGUUGCCUUCAUCGGCGCCUGCGCCCUCCGCACCUCUCCGCUCCGUGCUGUGCAGCUGCUCUGGGUCAACCUCAUCAUGGACACGUUUGCCGCCCUUGCUCUCGCCACUGAGCAACCGACACCGGACCUGCUGAAGCGCAAGCCGUACGGCCGCAACAAGGCGCUGCUUUCCCGCAUCAUGAUUCGCCAGAUUGGCGGCCACUCCAUCUACCAGCUUGCUGUCAUUCUCUUCCUCGUCUUCUAUGGCGACAAGAUGUUUGACAUCCCUAACGGCGGCGACCUGGCCACGGGCACCCCCGAGUCCCCGUCCCAGCACUUUACGAUCGUCUUCAACACGUUUGUGUGGAUGCAGAUUUUCAACGAAAUCAACGCGCGCGUGAUCCACGACGACCUGUACUUUGAGACGAGCUCUGGCCGUAUCAUUGGCGGGCCCCUCGGCGCCCUCAUGCGCCCCUUCAAGGGCUUCUUCACCAACCCCAUCUUCGUCUGUGUCGUCCUUGGCACAGCCGUUGCCCAGGCCAUCAUCACCGAAGUUGGCGGCCAAGCCCUCUUCACCGAGCCCCUCACCGCCGGGCAAUGGGGCGUGUGCAUUGCAUUUGGCGCUUUCUCGCUUCUCUGGAACGUCAUCAUCCACUUCCUCCUUCCUUGGGAGUGGAUUCCUGAGUGGUUUGAGCCUGGCCAGUACAAGGAGCUUACCCCGGACCGUGCUGCCGAGGUUGCGGAGAAGGACGAGGAGAUUGAGCUGCCCGAGGGUGGCCUUGAUGCCCCUCGCACACCCAGCAUGUCCCGCGCCACCACCAUGUCCCGCGCCGCCACCAUCUCCGGCCCCAUGCGCCACGGCACCAUGUCGGGUGAGGGAACGCCUGUUCCACAGCGUCGCCAAACGGACAGUGGGCUGCUGUGGCUGCGCAUUGGCCGUCGUCUCCGCACCCAAGUCCGCGUUGCGGGUGCCUUCCGCGCUGCCGGCAACAUUGCCCGCCUCCGCCGCCGCACGUCCAUGCUCGCCAGCCGCGCUCUUGGUGGCCCCCACGGCCGCGCUGCCCCAACCUACAUGCACGAGCACCACGCCGACGAGAAGCCGCCAACGCCUGCGCUGGCCAUGUGGCGCACGGCUGUUGCCCGGCUGCGCUCCCAGCUCCGCGUUGUGCGCGCGUUCCAGUCUGCAGUCAGCCGGCCGCCACCCGCGAUUGAGGACAGGGAAAUGCGCCAGUUCUCCUCUGCAUCCGAGCUCAUCCCGGAGCAAGAGGACAAUGCGAAUGGCUCGGGAGAAGACAAGCCCGAUUCCGAUGCGGCAGAUGUUGUCACCAUCUAGGGUUUUGUGUGCAGUUAUGUCAAAAAAGUUUCCUUAACUCGCCCCUCCCCCUUAUCCACCCAUUGCUUUUCCAUCCACACACUCCUCUCGUGCUCACUAGCAUCGUUUUUCUGUCUGCUUUGAGUUUGAUGAAUGCCCUUCGUUUUUGUGUCGUGGCAUGAAUUAACUCAUGUGUAUGCGUGUCCUGUGUGUAUGCGUGAGUUGUGCGUGUUUGCGUGUCUUGUGUGUGUUGUGUGUAUGCGUGUGUUGUGUGUUGUGUGUGUUGUGUUUUGUAUCUGCGUUCACGUAUGUUUGUGUUGAUGUAUGUUUGUGCUCGCUGCUGACUUGAUGAUGCCUUUGCAUCCCAUCAUGGCUGAUGGAUCAAGAUAUGAGGCGCACGCUCGGUUCAUGUCAUUAUAAUUUCGCCCCCACCCUCCCCUUCGCCAACACAAACAUACCAAGUCCUUUCCUCCUUUUCCUCCACUGCUGUCCUCUCUAUCCUGUCUUGUUCUUGCGUGCUUGUUGCUCCCUCCCCCUCUUUUUGUCACCUCAUGAUGAUGAUGAUGAUGAUGAUGAUGAUGAUGAUGAUGAUGAUGAUGUGUCCCUUUGCUCAUUGAAGUGCCAAUUCAAACGUGCACCCCCCUCUCUCCACCUCCUGCCGUGCAUGUCUCAUCCAUAUCUCCACGUCUCCCGCAAAGUACACGAGCCACAUGGAACGGGCCCAA